UACAAACUAUGCUUGUCUGGAACAACCUCAGAAAACAUCAACAUGGAAAAUUGAGACAAAUUGUUGUUCAUGGCAUGGUGUCACGUGCGACGCUGUCUCUGGUCGCGUGAUUGGUCUCGACCUUGGCUGUGAAUGCCUUCAAGUUUGGUGGAUUUAAGAGUCUUACACAUCUUGACUUGUCUUCGUGUAACUUUCAAGGCGAAGUUCCUCCUCAAAUCUCAUACCUUUUGCAAUUAACAUCACUUCGUCUUUCUAAAAAUGACGAGUUAAGUUGGAAAGAAACCACUUUGAAGAGACUUGUGCAAAACGCAACAAUUUUGCAAGAGUUAUAUUUGGAUGAAACAGAUAUGACUUCAAUCAACCCAAACUUGUUGAAUUCGAUCUUCAAUAAAUCUUCCUCUUUGAUUAGUCUUAGUCUUCAAAGAACAGGAUUAAGUGGAAAUUGGAAAAAUAACAUUCUUUGUUUACCAAAUAUUCAAGAGCUAGAUAUGUCAAAGAAUGAUAACCUUGAAGGUCAACUUCCAGAUUUGAGCUGUAGCACUUCUCUUAGAAUCUUGGAUCUUUCAUAUUGUCUAUUCAAAGGGCCAAUUCCUCUUUCUUUCUCUAACCUCACAUAUUUUACUUCCCUAAGUCUCAUAGAGAACAACCUUAAUGGUUCAAUCCCAUCCUUUCUUUUAAUCCUUCCAAAUCUAACAUUUUUGUCUCUCAAAGAUAAUUCACUCAUAAGCGGUCUAAUUCCGAAUGUAUUUCCCGAAUCAAAUAGAUUUCAAGAACUAGAUUUGAGCGGUAACAAAAUUGGAGGUGAUCUUCCAACAUCACUUUCAAACCUUCAACAUCUCGUUAAUUUAGACCUGUCAUCCAAUUCAUUCAGUGGUCAAAUUCCAGACGUGUUUUACAAACUAACCAAAUUACAAGAACUCCGUCUAGAUAAUAAUAGACUAGACGGACAAAUCCCGCCAUCAUUGUUUAACUUGUCUCAACUUGAUUACUUUGAUUGUUCUUAUAAUAAAUUAAAGGGUCCUCUACCCAACAAAAUAACAGGGUUUCAAAACUUAGGUUAUUUACUAUUAAAUAACAAUUUACUAAGUGGAAAAAUUCCUUCAUGGUGUUUAUCCAUACCAUCUUUGACAAUGUUGGAUCUAUCAAAUAAUCAGUUUACUGGAAAUAUAAGUGCAGUCUCAUCAUAUUCUUUGUGGUAUCUAAAACUAUGCAGCAACAAGCUACAAGGCGAUAUUCCUGAAUCUAUUUUCAACCUUGUAAACCUAACUACACUAUGCCUGUCAUCAAACAACUUGAGUGGUAUUGUCAAUUUUAAAUACUUUUCCAAACUUCAAAAUUUGAAUUCUCUGUCCCUUUCACAUAAUAGUCAAUUAUCACCGAACUUUGAAUCCAAUGUCAGUUACAAUUUUUCUAUCCUGUCAAUCUUGGAAUUGUCUUCUGUCGGUUUGAUUGGAUUUUCAAAAUUAUCAUCAGGAAAAUUCCCUAGUUUGAGAUAUCUUGAUUUGUCCAACAACAAACUUUAUGGAAGAGUGCCCAAUUGGUUGCUUGAAAUAGAUUCAUUACAAUUUUUAGGCCUGUCUCAUAACUUGUUUACAUCGAUGGACCAAUUCUCGAGUAAUCACUGGCACGACCUAUAUGGUCUUGAUCUUAGUUUUAACUUAUUAGCCGGUGACAUCUCUUCGUCAAUUUGCAAUAGAACUUCACUUCAAUUGCUCAACUUGGCACACAACAAAUUGACAGGCACCAUUCCACAUUGUCUUGCAAACUUAUCAUCCCUUCAAGUUUUGGAUUUACAAAUGAACAAAUUUUAUGGCACUUUACCAAGUAACUUUUCAAAGUACUGUGACCUUCGUACUCUGAAUUUCAACGGAAACCUAUUAGAAGGCCUUUUGCCUAAAUCUUUGUCCAACUGUGAAUACCUAGAGGCUUUAAAUCUUGGAGGCAACAAAAUUAAAGACUAUUUUCCAUCCUGGCUUCAAACUAUGCAAUAUUUGGAAGUACUGGUUUUGCGAGAGAAUAAUUUGUAUGGUCCUAUUGCCGGUGUAAAUAUCAAGCAUCCAUUUCCUAGUUUAAUUAUUUUUGAUAUUUCAUCCAAUAACUUCAGUGGCCCACUACCAAAAGCCUACAUACAAAAUUUUAAGGCCAUGAAAAAUGUUAUUCAAGUUGGAGAAGGUAGUAGCUCUCAAUACAUGGAAAGGAUGGAAGUAGGUGAUAUGACAUACUAUGAUUCUGUGACUAUGACAGUGAAAGGAAACAGCAUUGUGAUGGUGAAAAUUCCAAUAGUCUUUGUGAACAUUGAUUUUUCUCAUAACAAUUUUGAAGGAGAGAUUCUGAAUGUUAUUGGGGAGCUUCACUCACUCAAAGGGCUUAACCUUUCCCAUAACAGACUCACCGGUCCUAUUCCUCAAUCCGUAGGAAACUUGUCAAACAUGGAAUCAUUGGAUCUUUCGUCAAAUAUACUCACUGGUGUAAUUCCUUCAGAAUUAAUCAAUCUGAACGGUAUUGGAGUAUUGAAUCUUUCUCAUAACCAUCUAGUGGGAGAAAUACCUCAAGGAAAACAGUUCAAUACAUUUUCCAAUGACUCAUAUGAAGGAAACUUGGGAUUAUGCGGAUUUCCCUUGUCAAAGAAAUGUGAACCUGAACAACAUUCUCCGCUUCCACCCAACAACCUUUGGAGUGAAGAGAAAUUUGGAUUUGGAUGGAAACCAGUGGCUAUUGGAUAUGGAUGUGGAAUGGUUAUUGGAAUAGGCCUUGGAUGUUUUGUGUUGUUAACCGGAAAGCCUAGAUGGCUUGUGAUGAUGGUUGGAGGUCAACCUAAGCAAAGAGUUACAAGGAGGAUAAGAGUGAGGAGAAUUCAUGGCUCAACCAUGAAUUAGAUGGUGCAGAUGUGAUAGUUUUAUUGUUCUGAUUAUUUUCUCUUCUGUGUUAGUUUUUCCUUUUGUGAAGAAAAAAAAAA